AUGUAUUCGUCUCUAACUAUUCUGUGCUGUAUUAUCAGUGUCUGCACUAGUCAACCUCCUGAUCUGAAGGCGAAUUUGGUCGCCGGUCACUCGCGCAAAACGUUUCGGCCCUCAGCGCACGACGAUGGUCUUUCUGCGAUCCUUACCGACAUACAACAGUCGAAACCAGUUGACAAUGGAGAGGUUGCCGAACCACUGCAAAAAUUUACAAAUAAUUUUAUAGCGUCUGCUAGAGAACAACUUGAAGACGGCGAGGAUGAGAACAUUUUCAAGACCCUUUGGUACGACCCAAACUACAAGGUACAUGACUUGUGUGAGAAGUCGAACUCUGGAGGACAAACAGGCGAGCUGAUAUGGACGGAACCUGGAGAUCGCCUCCUCAAAGUUAUCGGCAAUGGCGUGGUGAAGGACGGUUACAACAUGUUCCUAGCACCCGGUCAAGCUCAAGGACGCCGAACGGAUGUCCACGUGGCUGUGUACAUAGAAUCAAUGUCAUCGUUCAAGGCUCAAACAAUGGAUUUCGAAGUAGACAUGUACUUGGCAAUGGGAUGGUUCGACAGACGCUUAGCUCACAACUGUACGCACCCUAUUCUCGUAACCAGUAAGUUAAUAGCCGAUCGAAUGUGGCACCCAGAUCUUUAUUUUGUUAAUUCUAAAUUCGCUUAUCUACAAGAGGUCACCACUCCUAACCUGAUGGUGAUCGUCUAUCCAGAUGGCCUUAUUUUUAAGUCAAUGAGACUUGAUGUAACGCUCAGUUGUAUGAUGGACCUGAAACUGUUUCCGAUCGAUCAUCAAGAAUGUCCUCUGAAAAUCCAGAGUUGUAAGUGA